UAAACAAGACACAUACCGUAAACAAACGCCCUUUCGUCGACGACUUUGACGCAGGGUUUCAUCGACUAUGCACAGGAAUGCAAUUCCUGCGCAUCACCAGCCAAGUGCAGGUUUAAAUUGGAGGGAAAAUCAACUGACAGAACACGAUCGUCGCAUCGAAAAGUAGCUGCUGACGCGUGCCACUGAUAACAAUUUUCUUUCGCAAUUAGUUAACUAGUGAAAACAGUGUUACCAUUAGAUAGUUUUUAUUUCCUCGUAUCAGCUACAUAAUGUCGCAGCCAACGGUCGCGUCUUACUUUAACACUCGCAAACGCGCUGCGCAUGAUGCGCUGCUUGGUGCAGGAAAAAAUAAGGUACUGAUACUGGAAAACUCUAUUGCGCAUACGAAUGGAAACUUGACGAACAGUUCGCUGAACUCGGAUCACGAAGAGCUACGCUUCGUACAUGCUAACGAUAAUAACUUUACUUUGAAGAACAUUGAAACCGCCGGAAAAGACAAUGGUGGCGGCACCAGAGCAAACCCUGACCCGACGGAGAUGGAACGCCGUGUUACGAGAGCAUCAAGGGCUAUCAAAAGGAUUGGUCCGGUUGAUUUGGACGAGAAAACCAAAGCCCUUCUAUCAUCAGCCCAACCGAAGCUGGUGUCUUUCAUCAAGAAGGGUAACUUGUCACCGCAGAAACGCGUUCAUACGGCUAGUCCCUCAAAACAACCCGUUGUGCCAGAAAAGAAGCUAGCAUCUCCUAAAAAGAUCGAUAACGGUGGUGUUGCUGGUAGCGCUCCUGCUUCGGUUGAGUUUUCUCCCAGAAACAGCUUAAACAAUGUGGCUAAGGCACCAACGAAGGCUACCGUUACACGAACGCUUCAAUUGGGAAAAGACAAGGAUUCCAUGUCGCUGGCAGAUAUUCGUAACAAGCUGCUUCAACAUCCUCGUCUGCCGGAGCUUAAAACGAAGCUAAACAACAUACAGAGCGGCCUGGAUAGAGUGGACCGUCUGCGGAAGGAGCGUCUGGAAGGAAAGAAGCCCGCCGUCUCGCCGAUUGUGGCUGCCAAAAAUCUACAACAAUUUUCAACUCUUGACGUGGAGGUGAUGGUAAGCCCAAAGAAAACUAUUAUCUCUCCUUCGAAGUUGCUUCGCACACCGACUAAAGAUGCAUCCAACUCUCUGUCACCAUCGAAGAAUGUGACACCCAAGCGUAUAUCGGCUCUUAUGAGUCCGAUAAAAGAUCCUUCGAUUGGUACACCUAUUACGGCUAGUCCAAAAAAGUUGCCAGCAUAUCAGCGUUUCCACAAUCUGGUCGAAUCGGGCACUCCUACGUUGCACUUGCCAUUCAAGUACCGAUCCCUGUUGGAGCUGUUCAAGUGCACCGACACGGUCUGUUCCAUGUUUCACAACCGUAAGGAGCAGAUCACUUUCAAGAAGCUCAAACCAGCCGUUCAGCGGAUGGCACGGAAGAACUUUUUCGAAUCACACCUGGCGCAAAUACAAUUCCUCUUCCCGAAAGCGUUUAGCCUGAGCCAGGAAAUGACAAAGAACUACGGUUCGGCUACAAAACACGAAACGUACCAGCUGGUAAUAAGGCCCAACAUAGAGGAGGAUGUAGAACAAGCGAAGAAAUCCCAGGAAACCGAUUUUCUACGUACUAUCCCGAAGCAGUCCGUAAAUCCACAGGCAUUACUCGAACGUUAUCAACACUUUCGCCGUUUGCUGUUAGAAAAAACGAAGGACGCUCAUGAAACGUUUCUGCUAAGUUUAGAUCCACCGUUGAACAUUGAGCGCAACAAGAUCGUUCGCUGGCACGCUGAUUUCGAUCUGGAAGGCUGUCCCGAUAUAGAGAAAGCGGAACUACCGCAGCCACCAAAUGUGGAGAAGUUCUCCUCAGCCAAGGACGUGCUUUCGACGGCAAGAAACCUUUUCAGUUGUGGUACUGCAAUGGAACGUGCGCUAGCACGCUUGGAGCAGAAAAAGAAGCAAGACACGGCGGCAACUGUAACUUCACAAACGCCGCUUACCGCAACGGAGGAUACAAAGCCAGUUGAAGUUAAAGAGGAGAACUCUAGCGACAGCAACGCCACUAGUGUUCCCGCAUCGAUCAGCAAAGAUCCCGCGGAGCAUCUUCUUAGAAACGUUCCAAAAGCACUGCUAGAGAAGAUACGAGCAAAACAAGCAGCUAAAGCACUAGAUCAAAUGACUAGACGACCGUCCCAGGAAAAGGAAGCGAUGAAGUACAGCCGUUUACCGGAGAUUGCUCGACAUUUGCGGAACGUGUUCGUGACCGAGCGAAAGAACGUGCUACCUCUCGAAACACCUGUAGUUAAAAUCGAAAACAGCUACCGUGGUAAACUGACGCUUCAGGAACUGGAAGACCACAUUCGCAUGAUAGCCCAGUUGGUACCGUUUUGGUUAACGUUACCGGAGGUUCGGAAGGUGAAGUAUGCUAAAAUUGCUAAAGACUGCGAUAUGUCCAAAGUUCUGGGUGUGCUGGAGCGAAAGGCAAACGAAGUGGUACAGUAGCAGGUGGUUGGUACCCAAGAUGCCUAAAUGAAAUGACCACCCUACCCAGUUGAAACUAUUUACGGAUAUGAAUAAGGAAGAUUUGGUAUGUUUUUUUUUUGCAG